AUGCAGUUAUGCAUCUCUAUGAUCAGAGACAAAGUGAAUAGGGCCUUAUUUCAGAUUAGGGACUCCUUACGUCUCGAGAUAGAUGAGCUGGAUCGUGAAGUGGAAGAUGUGAGGGCAGGCAAGCUUGAUAUGUCCCACAUAAUAAACGACCUCGUGAACCAUAUUUUCUCUUUUCGAACAGCAUAUGUGAAUGCCACCGCUGACAUAAUGGCAAUGAAGGAGAAGUUGUGUGUAUUCAUAGGUGUGUUCGCGGUCAUACCUAUUGUGGGUGUCGUGCUGGCAGCCAACAAGUACCUCUAA